CCGUUGCUAAACAAAAGCCAGGCACCGCGAUCAGGACUGGAGGCGACGGCGUCCACGGUGAAGGAAAGCAACUCUGCCCCUCAGAACUCCGCCAGACUUUUUUUUUUUUGGAACUUCGUGGAAAAGCAACCAUGGCAGAGAUGUACCCGGACGAGAGUAUUUAUAACCUCAUACCUCAGGAUGAGAUCAAGGCGGCCAAAAUGCCGAGAUACACAUCAAGGUUUCGAGGCAUGGUGAAGGAGGAGAUGCAGAAGAACAGAGCUCUGAAUAAAACAAUGGGGCCAGCAAAAGUAGACGUGCCUUCCCCAGAGAAAUUCCUACAAAAGCAGUCAAAGGAGCUUAAAGAAACAGAAAGAGGCAAUAUUCUUGAUUUUACAGAGAAACCCUUUCAAUAUGAGGACUACGACAGACGGAAACCUCCAAUACCUGCCCGAACAGACAAACCGGUAAUGGGAAUCCAGACCAAGAAGAACUUCAUCAAUUCAAAUGCCGUUGAAAUAAUGAUGGCUGUUCCAAAGAAGCCUAAGCCAAUUUACGUCGACACCAAGAGAGGAGACAAACAACUUCUGGAUACUUCUGGACUUGUUCCAAAAUUCGUCCACAAAAAGGACUUUGGAGAGACCCCAGAGUACCUCGUAAGACGUAACGAGGAGACGAGAAGAGCUCAUGAAGAAUAUGAAGCCUAUGUCAAGGAGAGACUCAGACAGGGUGCAAUGAAGCAGUUCUCCGAUGAAGAAAGACAGACGGUCCUGCAGGGUCUCAAAAAGAACUGGGAAGAGCUCAGCCAGCAGUAUCAGGGUCUCUCAGUGGUGAUCGACACAGUGCCGAAGAAGAUCCGCAAAGAGCGCUUGGAGAAUGAGAUGAAACAGCUGGAGAAGGACAUCGAGAUGAUCGAGAAGCACAAAACCAUCUACAUUGCAAAUAAUUAAUCUUCUACAGGUCAAUCCAUCCAUGGAAGAAUUUGGAAAACCUGCAAACCGAAGAGACAUUUGUACACCGAAAUGUGUGACGCUGUCCAACAUGACUAAUUUGGGUUGAUUAUUUAUAAAACUUUAAAGUUUACUCCACCUGUAGCAAACUCUUUUAUUCCUUAUAGCCUUUCAGCUACCUCUAAGGGGAGGUCCUGGAGAUCCCUUCAGAUGAUGUCCACAAAGCAUCUUCUUGAAAUUAUGGAGGGUCUGGCAAUAAAGAUGGCUUGUUGA